CACAGCAGGAAGUACCUCAGUCAAUCCUAUAUAAAGCUUCUCGAGGGAGGAAUUGCUUUAGUUGUGCUCCGUGCUUGUUGCUGUAUCAAUACUCAGAGGAAUUGGUGGUGAGGCAGGUUUCUUGGAAUCUUUCAAAGGACCUUCAUCAACUCUACUUGCAAUCAAUAGUGAUCUCUGGCAUAAAUUUGUGAUUUUUCUGAAAAAUUCAAUUGAUCUAAUUUGCGUGGAUUUUAGAACAACGAAUAAUUUAACUGACGUCCAAGAAUACUGACUGAAUAUAUUGAGUCUCCCAUCUCUCUCUGAUAUCGGCAACAAAUUGAUGAGUAUGUCGUGUGCAACGAUUUUCUGCGUUUUAGCAAUCUUCUUUGGAACCAUCUAUAUAGUCCAUGGGGGUGUUAUAAGUCAAAGAGAUCCACGAUCUUAUCACGCUCAAAAUUCACCAGACAACAAAGUCGAGGUGAAAAAGAGACCUUUCUGCAAUGCUUUUACAGGAUGUGGGAAGAAACGUUCAGGUUCAACGGGACCUCUACUUUCGCCAAUCUCCUCGAGGCACUUGGACUCCCUGACCGAUGAUGACCAACCCGAAAAUAAUUAUUUUGACGACAACCUGGCCAGUCUUCUCGAUCUCAAUUCUGAACCAGCUGUUGAGGAUCUCAUGAGACAAAUUAUGUCUGAAGCUAAACUCUGGGAAGCUAUUCAAGAAGCCAGUCGAGAAAUUCAUUUGCAUAAGAACGGACGUCCAAUGUCCAAUAAUCAAUUCCCCGUAGCAUUUAGUGCUCAAUAAAGGGUUUAAGGGUCAAAUUUAAAGUUUUGUGCUAAACUUUAUUUCCACAGCAAGAUGCCACACACACACACACAUAUUACAUUUACAUUGAUUUAUGUUAAAUUGAUUAACACAAUAAAUUCCAGUGGGUGGAAAAUAUCUUUAUCCUUAACAUUUUCCAAUUUUAAUCUCAAUGGAUGUUACCAAUUAUAAAUAAUUAAAAUCUUGGUAAAAAAAAGAAUUAAUUGUGUACUGUGAAAAUUUCAUAAUCGAACCUUAAUCUCUUCCAGCUUUUAGCUAAAUAAAAAAAUUCAAAUAAAUAAAUUAUGUAGCAUAUUUUUUAAUUAAUUAAUCCUUUGUACCUAAAAAAAACAACACAAUCCCUACAAAAAAUGCAUGUUGAUAAAAAUAUUCAAUUGAGUGUUUUCUUUCUGUUUGGCAUGGCUAAAUUCCUUUGCCAAAAAUAGCUCUAACAGAAGAAAACUCAAUGUAGAAGAACAUUUUAAAUGUAGCGUUCAUGAAAAUCUUUAAAUAAAAUCCAUAUUAAUAAAAUG